CUAACGCAAUUACAGUGGUUUCAUUUCUCGUCAAUCCUGGGGGUUGGCCACUAGUUUCCAGCUACUAUAAAAGCUUGUGUUAUGGCAAACGUAAAGCACACAAGCAUCACAGCUCUCAACAGCUAAGCAUCAUCAUCAACAGCAGCAGAAGCAUCAUCGAAUCUCGUUCAGUUCAACACUGUCCACACUCAAUCAAGACUGCAGAAUGGCCGCUCUAAGAUGCACACUCACCUUCCUGCUGGUUACCAUCAUUGUAGCCACAAUACUGUUGCGCAGCAGUGAAGCCGCCUACAGGAAGCCCCCAUUCAACGGCAGCAUCUUUGGCAAGCGCAAUGCUUUGGACUACGACAACGCCAAGGCUAUGAAUGCUGCCUGUGAGGUGGCCGUGGAGGCGUGUCAAAGCUGGUUUCCACAGAACGACAGCAAAUAGGAGCACGCCCUGAGAAUGCACAUUAUGGGACUGAUCUUACACUUACGCGCCAUUAAGCAGCACAGUGCCAGAUGCUGCAGCUGCAAUAACCUAAUCACAACCAGCGAAUAUUAACUUAAUCUUAUGACAAAAGAAAAGCAUGUAUAAAAUGUAUUUAGCUUAAGUCGUUCCUAUCAACUUAUAUAGAAUACAUACUCAAUAAACUUAGAGCAAUGCACUUGA